AUGGCGUUUCCAAAGAUCGAUGGAUAUGUAGUGACUGAAAAACUAGGGUCUGGAAGCUAUUCCACGGUGUACAAAGCGUAUGCAAAGGUGGGUGCCCGUUCUAUAGUGGCAAUAAAAUGUGUGGACAAAUCUCGCGUCAAGAAUUCUGGUUCAGCUGUGGAAAACUUGAUCACGGAGAUAAGACUGCUGAAGACCCUCACGCACCCACAUAUUGUUCAUAUGAACAACUUCACGUGGGAUGACAAAAACAUCUACAUUAUAAUGGAGUUCUGUUGUGGUGGUGAUAUGUCCAAAUACAUUCACAAAUAUGGAAGAGUGCCGGAGAAAAGGGUGUUAUACUUCCUUCAACAACUGGCAUCAGCACUCAAGUUCCUCAGAGAGAAAGGAGUAGUUCAUAUGGAUCUUAAACCUCAUAAUCUACUUCUCCACAAAGGAUCUGAUGGAAAAUAUAUGCUUAAAGUGGCUGAUUUUGGGUUCGCCCAACACAUGACAGCUGAAGGCCCUCGUUCGGUAAGGGGGUCCCCCUUAUAUAUGGCCCCUGAAAUGUUGUUUGGAGAGUAUGACGCUAGGGUGGACCUGUGGAGUGUUGGUAUAAUAAUGUACGAAUGCCUGUUCGGCCGAGCGCCUUACUCGUCAAACACCUUUAAAGAAUUAGUUGACAAAAUACAACGACAGGCCCCUAUAGAAAUACCUCCAAACUCUUCAAUAUCCCCUGGUUGCGGGGACCUGCUGACCAGGCUGCUGCAACACGAUCCCAACAAAAGGAUAACUUACGAAGAAUUCUUCGCCCAUCCAUACCUGGAUCUUGAACACAUGCCUUCCAAAGAGAACUAUGAAAAGGCUGUCACCCUGAUAAAGAAAGCCAUCGAACUGGACAGCUUAGGCAAGUUGGAACAGGCGUUCGUGUGUUACCGCGACAGCCUCCUGUACCUCGUGCCGUGCGUGGGCUGCGAGACUGACUCGCUGCGGAGGGCCGCCCUCGCUGAUAAACUCACCAGGUAUAUGGAACGCGCCGAAGAAUUAAAACUUUAUUUAAAAGGUGGCAGUUCUCAGACAAUGAGUGGGAAUGAUACCAACAGUGUGACGUGUUCUCCUGUCGCCGGUGUUGCCAGCUAUAAUAAUUAUCAUAGAACCUCCACCCCUUCAUACAACCCUGGUGGUGGGCAAGCCGGCUCUAGUACUAACGGGAUACAUGAACAGGCGGACAGAGGAGUACAAGAUAGUGGGCUGAUGGAGUCUUCCAAGCCUCCCCCUGCCCAGAACACCACACCAAAGACGAACCGUUUCGGCUUCAAGCGUCUGUUCGGGAAGCAAGCCUCAAUGCCUUACCUGGACACCAAGGACUCUAGCAUUACAGCAGAGACAAGCCAACAAGAGAAGAAGAUGCCGACGGGAGAAGCCUUGAACGAUGGCUGUCGUAUCACGUAA